ACCGCGCUAGUCCGGGGCCCAGCAGCCGGCUGCUGGCGCCCCGCGGUGCAGACCCGGCCAAUCAGCAGCCGCGGGGCGGGCGGGGUGGCAGCGCUGCGCUCGCGGAUCAGAGCACGAAGCAGAGGCGCCACUGCCAUCCCGGAGCAGACCAUGCCAAGAUCACCCGUGCUCUUCCCGCUGCUGCUUCUGCUGCUGCCGCAGCCGCCGGCCCACGGCUUCGGGCUCCGCGGUGCGGGCAGCCGUAUCCCUGAGUGCGGUCCGUGCCGGCCGGAGCGCUGUCCCGCGCCCUCACGCUGUCCCGCGCCCGGCAUCGCGGCACUAGACGAGUGCGGCUGCUGCACGCGCUGCCUGGGCUCCGAGGGCGCGAGCUGUGGGGGGCGGGCCGGCACACGUUGCGGUCCGGGGCUGGUGUGUGCUAGCCGCGCCGCCGGGACCGCCCCGGAGGGUACUGGGCUCUGCGUGUGCGCGCAGCGUGGCACCGUCUGCGGUUCCGACGGCCGCUCCUAUCCCAGUGUUUGCGCGUUGCGCCUGCGCGCCCGGCACGAGCCUCGCGCGCACCUCGGCCACCUGCGCAAGGCGCGUGACGGCCCCUGCGAAUUCGCUCCUGUGGUCAUCACUCCGCCCCAGAGUGUUCACAAUGUCACCGGGGCACAGGUGUACCUGUCCUGUGAGGUGAGGGCUGUGCCUACCCCAGUCGUCACGUGGAGGAAGGUCACACAGUCUCCUGAGGGCACCCAGGUGCUGGAGGACCUGCCUGGGGAUCAUGUCAAUAUAGCUGUCCAGGUGCGGGGGGGCCCUUCUGACCAUGAGGCCACGGCCUGGGUUUUGAUCAAGCCUCUGCGGAAGGAAGACGAAGGAGUGUACCAGUGCCAUUCAGCCAACGCGGUUGGGGAGGCCCAGUCGCACGGCACGGUGACAGUGGUAGAUGGGAGUCAGUACGGAGCCGCCCGCUUCCCGGCUCUGGAUGACCGCAUGUGA